UUCCGACUCCGCCUGCGCCAGCAGCACCUGUGCCAACACCAGUGCCGGUGAGCCCGACAGUUCCGACUACUUCUACGUUGCCUGCACCAGCAGCACCCGUGCCAACAGCAGUGGUGGUGAGCCCGACAGUUCCGACUUCUACGUUGCCUGCACCAGCAAGACCUUCUACGUUGCCUGCACCAGCAGCACCCGUGCCAGCAGCGGUGGUGACGAGCCCGACAGUUCCGACUUCUACGUUGCCUGCACCAGCAACACCUUCUACGUUGCCUGCGCCAGCAGCACCUGUGCCAGCAGCAGUGGUGGUGAGCCCGACAGUUCCGACUUCUACGUUGCCUGUGCCAACAAGACCUUCUACGUUGCCUGCACCAGCAGCACCGGUGCCAGCAGCAGUGGUGGUGAGCCCGGCAGUUCCGACUUCUACGUUGCCUGCACCAGCAACACCUUCUACCUUGCCUGCACCAGCAGCACCCGUGCCAGCAGCGGUGGUGACGAGCCCAACAGUUCCGACUUCUACGUUGCCUGCGCCAGCAACACCUUCUACCUUGCCUGCGCCAGCAGCACCUGUGCCAGCAGCAGUGGUGGUGAGCCCAACAGUUCCGACUUCUACGUUGCCUGCGCCAACAACACCUUCUACGUUGCCUGCACCAGCAGCACCCGUGCCAGCAGCAGUGGUGGUGAGCCCGACAGUUCCGACUUCUACGUUGCCUGCGCCAGCAACACCCUUGCCAGCAGCAGUGGUGGUGAGCCCGACAGUUCCGACUUCUACGUUGCCUGCGCCAGCAACACCCUUGCCAGCAGCAGUGGUGGUGAGCCCAACAGCGGUUCCGACUCCGCCUGCAGCAGCAGCACCCGUGCCAGCAGCAGUGCCGGUGAGCUCGACAGUUCCGACUUCUACGUUGCCUGCACCAGCAGCACCCGUGCCAACAGCAGUGGUGGUGAGCCCGACAGUUCCGACUUCUACGUUGCCUGCAGCAGCAGCACCCGUCCGACUCCGACGUUGCCUGCAGCAACAGAAGCAGCCGUGCCAACUUUGACCUCGACUGCACCCACAGCCCCAGCAGCGGCUGUGCCAGCACCAAUGGCAGCGAGCCCAGCAGCCCCUGACCAGAAAGAGAUCCAGAUGCCAGCCCCGACUCCGUCGACUUUCUUCUUUCCCAGGUCACCGCCUGCACCUCCCUCUGCUGCAACAGCGACAGUUCCCAGCACUCCGCCUGCAGAUGAUGCAAUGACAAGCCUGCUAGCGACGGUGCUGGCUCAGACUCUGCAGAAUGGAUCUUCGUUGUCUGCGGAGCAGAUCCAGAUGCUCCAGGGCACCAUGAGUCAGCUGCUGAACGCGAGUGCUGCUGAGAAGGCAGCAGCGCCAACAGCAGAGCAACAGCAGCAGCAGCAGGUUGCGGGCGAGGCCCCCGGCCAAACAGUGAGCGCAAAUCCGCUUCCAGCAGCUGCCCAGGUUGCGAGCGAGGCCCCUGGCCAAGCAGUGAGCGCAAAUCCGCCUCCAGCACCUGCCGGCGAGGCCCCUGGCCCAGCAGUGAGCGCAAAUCCACCUCUAGCACUUGUCCAGGCUCAGCCAUUGCCAAAGGGAGCAUCGGCGGUGGCAGCAGCAGGGGAUGUGGCACCGCCAUCCUCAUUGCCGCCACCAGCACCAGGUGCCCCGCCUCCACCUGCUGCACCGAUCAAGCUGGAGGUGAACAGUUCCACCCAUCCGAAGGAAUACCGGGCCUUUGGACGCUUCUGUGAGACAUCAAAGGGUGCAGAUGAAAUGAAGAAGGUUUGGGUGCAGGGCGGACCCCGUCGGAUGGCUGUGUUCGCACAGUUCGUGGCCAGUGGCUGUCACUGGGAUGGUGAUCCUCUUGCUAUGGAGGCGGCUCUCCGCUUCAAGCGGCAACGCGAAGAGGAAGACCGUGACGAGGGUGAAUAUUAUCGCUGGAGCGAUAUCCUGGCCUUUCACUCGAACGACGCCGACAAAGCGUUAGCCUUUAUCACUCGUCGCCGAGCUGAGCCACGUGGGACAAGCACCGACCGCAACGAUUCGACAGUUGAGACCUUCCUCUACUACAAUCGGCAGAAGCGGUCGGUGGUCAACAGGACGCUUGAUGAGAUUGCGGUUGAGCUGGGUGUGUCCCCUUCGUACGCGGCGAGCGUUGCGGCGAUGCUGGAUGGCCAGAAUGGGCCGGCGGCUUUGACAGCACCGACAACGGCACUCCCGGCACCUGCGUCGACCAGUGGCAGCCCUUCUGUGCCAGACUCCCCGCUGGAAAGUGCUGCUGCGGCAAAGGCUAGCGCAAAAGCAGGAGCAAAAAACAAGGCCAACGACGGCUCGCAGCAGUCCAACCCGAAGAAGCAGCGACUGCCGAAGCCGGAGGGAUCGGAGCUGGAAGUCCACGUGUGCACGGAAGACGUGGGCGCCUUCGUUGCCAACUGGUGCACAGCUGCCAACUCGGCCCAGGGUCAAGCCGUGAAGUUGUGCGGGGAGUUGGAAUCUCUGGACUUCCAGGACUCCCUGAUCGCCAAGCUGAAGGAUGCAUCCGAAGGCCUCAAUCAGUGCCGGAAGCAGCUCCAAGCGCUCGGCACAGCUCCGGUUGCAGCUGAUGUCCAGACUGUGUUGCUGACU